ACUCUUUUUAUCCCUUGUUUCAAUCAAACUGGAAGAGAAAAUUUUUACCUUCAGCGCGAGCAAACGCGAGUCACAAUACGAGUGUUGUUUGUUGGUGGUGCCCUCAGAGAAAAAAGUAGAAAUCUGUCAUCCUACGGGGAAUUUCGCUUCCAAUUCCCUUUUAAAUCGGCUACAUCCGGUGACAAUACGGGCUACGUUUGCGGAAUCCACCCCGGGGUGUCGUUUUCUAGCGGUUCUGUGAAGUUUCCCGUACGUUCCAGUGGAUAGAAGUCGGGUGGAACUUUUUUUUCCUCGUUUGCUGCUGCUUGGUGGCUAGUAGCUGACGUUGUUGGAGAGACAUUUUGGGAAAGUGUGGAAAAAGAAGCAGAAUUAAGUGCAGAGUUGGAAGAGUUACGAAGAGCGAGUAGUUUCUGCAGGAAUACUUCGCUCCCAGAGACCCCCGGAGCAGCGAAGGAAAUCCUCCCGUAGGUGGAAAAUCGGGCCUACUUCGAAAUUCAUGUUGAAAUUGUGCGAGAAGAUUGGUAUCGAAAAAAAACUUUGGCAGUGAAGAAGAAAAAGCUUGAGUUUCAUACUUUUUUCAUCGCCCGAACGAUAGUGAGAGGUGUGAGCGUCGUCAUUCAUCGUGGUCGUAGUGUGAGCGUAGAGCUAUUGUCGAAUGAGCAAAUAAAACGCUCAAACGCGCAGUGUGGAAGUGGAGAGGAGGCGAUCAUUUUAAGGUGCAGUGCUGCCAGAGAUCGGGGAUGAUUGGUUUUGUUUACAAGAGUUGAAUGUGGUGAACACGAAGCAAGUGAGUUGUGAAGCAAGCAAGUAAAGUAGGGGAAAAACGGAGCAUAUUUUAAGUAUAGAGUGAAAAAGCCGAAGGCGGCGUGUGUGCAGCGUGGACUAAUAAUAAUAAAAAUAAUAUCACUACCAGCAGUGUUUAAGUAAAAAAUAAAAAAAGUGUGGUAUUGUGCAGUAAAAAAGAGCAACGAAAAUGUCGCUUCCUAUAAACUCAUUAUAUUCGUUAACGUGGGGAGACUACGGAACCUCGUUGGUGUCCGCCGUCCAGUUGCUUCGGUGCCAUGGAGAUCUAGUAGAUGUGACUUUGGCCGCCGGCGGACGGAGCUUCCCGGCUCACAAGAUAGUGCUGUGUGCUGCUAGUCCAUUUUUGCUCGAUCUAUUGAAGAACACACCAUGCAAGCACCCAGUCGUCAUGCUGGCCGGUGUCAAUGCAAACGAUCUGGAAGCGCUGCUAGAGUUCGUCUACCGUGGAGAGGUUAGUGUGGACCACUCGCAGCUUCCCUCGCUUCUUCAGGCGGCACACUGUCUUAACAUCCAGGGAUUGGCACCUCAGACCGUGUCUCACAAGGAUGACAAUACGACGUACACCACAUCGAUCCAGCUACAUCCGACGUUGGUACCGCAAAAUCAUGCAGUGAAAGCGGUCAUCGACGUUGGAAACAAUGUUUGCGUGAGUAACUCUGACUUCCAAACGGAAGACCUCAUCACGACCCUGACCCCAACCCAAACCGUCCAGGCCCAAGUAAUUGAAACAAUCACCCCCGAUCAGAUGAGUGACGAGGUCACCAAGGAUGUUAUCAGUCAGUUUUUGCCAACCCGCAAACGUAAACAACGCACGAAGAAAAUCUCCCAAUCAGGUGGACAGAAUGCAACCGGCGUACAGACAACUGCAACCGUUUCGGCAAGUGGUGCAACUGCGGCUAAGGUUAUGAAGGCGGACGAGGAAGGAACUAUCCAGACCAUCAUCGUGAACAGCGCGGAAGAGGCAGCAAACGUUGUGAAGGACAUCAAGAAGGAAGCAAGCGCGGACGGUGCCUCGGUUAUCGACUCUAAGGACGGAAUCAUUAAAAUCAAGAACAAAUCCCAGUCAGAACAGCCAGCCACUUGUCCCAUUUGUCAGGCUGUUAUCCGUCAGUCCCGUAACUUGCGUCGUCACUUAGAGCUCAGGCAUUUCAAGAAACCAGGCAUGAAGAAGGAGCGCGUUAAGAAGAACAAGCAAGGUAACGCAAACGGAGGACAGGCAAACACUAGCGGAACUGGCAACGGAACUGUCGCAACGACGGCCGAUCAGCAACAGGCACAACAGGUCCAGCAACAGAACAACAUUGAGACGGCAGGAACGAUAUCAGUGACAGUCUCCCAGGCACAGGCACAGCAACUCGAACAGGCAGCGGCAAACGGACAGCAACAUGUAGUCACACAGCAUGAAAACGCCGACGGAACGACUUCACUCUCGAUUGCUCAGGUGCAAACACUGGAUGGACAUCAGCUAGCGAUUGGAAAUUUGAAUCAGGCUACCCUAAUCCGAACCGGCGAAUCGAUUGAAGCAGGCAUUAUUGCGACGCACGAACCUACGCUACGCCCACAUACCGAACUGUUCCGUGUUGGUAACACCGUUUACACGAUAGAGGAACGUCGACCGGAUCAAACAAAUCGUUUGACUUAGAACGAUGACGAGGACGUCGACAACGGAGGCGACGUGUAUGAAAUAGUUGAGGGUGUCGAUUACGAUUGCAUCAUCGAUAGUGGCGUUGACGUAGAGAUCGAAGAGGAAACAGGCGAGGGUAUCGUGGUGGAAGAGGAGGAGGAGGUCGUGAUAGAUACUGGUGCGAGCGCCGGCGUUGAAGCCGGUGCAGUGAUUAUCGAUGCCACAAACGAUGAUGAAGAAGAUGAUGAUGAUGAUGACGGAAAUACUGAACACCACCACCACCGGCAACAGCACCAGUUGCAGCAGCAUCAUCAGGUGGGAACACAAACGAGAGAAGCAACAGUGGUUGCUGUGACUACUACUGCCGGAGGUUCAGUAGUUGGUGCAGCGACCACCCGGAGCACGACCAAUAGCAAUCGUAACGCGAUCACCAUCAACAGAAGCAACAACAGCAGCAGCAGCCACAACCACCGAGGUAAUACUACAGUCGAGGGUGAUUUGGCGUCGUCCUACAAGCACUUCUUCAUUCUAUAAUUCAAUGAUUCACGCUGAUUGAAUGGGUUGCUCUGAAGCCUAGCUCUGCACCAGAGUUGGGAAGACUAUAUUUUUCACACGUGUGUAAAGAAUGUUUCAUUUAAAGUGAUGUCUUCAAACGGUACCCAAUGGGAGAAGGUACGGUUUAGGUUUUUAUUUGUUAAAGAUCAUUUAGGGAAAGUUUUGUUUGAAAGAGUAGGGCGCGAUAUGAUUCAGUACCCUAAGAAGAAAAUUUGAAGUCAAAUUGAGUAACAUAUUUCACAACGGGUUGAAACACAAUUGCGGAGAAAUGCGUUUUAGUAAAAUUUUAGCGAAUCGGCAAGAAUAAAGUUAUUCAAUUUCCCACGAUUACAUUUAGGGUUUUUCAUAAUUAUCUUCAGUUUUUAAAACAAAACAAAUAGAUGAAGGAUUCAUAUUUCGUAAACACAUACAUAUAAAUAUAUACAUAUAUAUUUUAUCGCUUUGUACAUAGCUGCAUAUUGAACAGAAAGUUACAAUUAUCGAUAUUGAUAACAAUAAAUAGACCGUUUAAACUAGUGUCACAUAGGAUCAUUCACGCAAAGAAACAGAUCGGAGCGCAAAAGAGCAGGAAUGAAUAGGAAAUUAGAAGAAAAAAAGGUCCUGUGACCAUUCAGAAGCAUGAGUGCAUUACACAUAUGGGACCGCUGUAUGUUGAGGCAAGCGAUAAUUAUUGAUGACGAAGAACAGGAAUGCGAAAAAUGGGAAAAUAUGGAAAUAAUUGCAUUUAUGGCGCAGUUUUUGUUGUGGUUGCUCCUCGAAAAAUUCAUUUUUUUUUUAAAUUCACGGGUAACUCAAGGCCGUCAUUCAGAUAUCAUGAUUUCAUGAUUUCAAUUAAUUUUUUCAUAGAAAAAAAAUCUUUGGCGAUGAAACUUUUACUGUGAAAUCUUAACUUAAUUUUAUAGUCUAAUCGUCUAAUCCUUUUUGAAAAUAGUUCUACAGGCUGUUUAAUGUUCAACAUUCAUAUAUACAUCAACAUGCACUUACACAGAGGGAACCCAAGAAUUGACUCUACAGUUAUUCGAUCUUGUUAAAAAGAAAAAAGAUAAGUAUGAUACUGGAAGGCCGGAAUCGUUUUGUUUUAGGUUAAAGCGAAGAGAUUCAGACCUACAAUAUUUCUCUAUUCUGUUCCAAUUCGACAUUAUUGAAAAGCCUUCUUGAUAGAUUGAGUCAUUUAAGUCAUUUCAGUACAUAACAUUUGACGAAUUUCAUGCCAACUCGACUGGCCGUUGGCACCAUCUCACUGUUUCACUGCUAAAACGUUGUCGAUGUAAACACAUGAGUCUUUUAAGCAACUUUGAAAUAUUCCAUAAAGUAUUAGACUACUUUUGAAAAGGGCCAACAUUUUUUUCUUGAUUUUUUACAAAAAAAUAUAACUCGGAAACUAUAAUACCUACAUAAUUUUGAUCAAAGGAUGAAAUGUAGAAAAUCAUUUGAAUUCCACAAAAAAUACCAAUUUUUUUUUUGAAAAACUCGAUUUUCGGUAAUUUUACGUUUUUCAAAAAAAAAACACAAAUUUUAACGGUUGUGACACCAGUAAAUGAAGUCCGAAUGAGCUAAUAUUUUGCAUUAGGGUGUAUUAUCAUGCAAAUCAACAUUUCGUAGCAAGUUCCGAAUGAAAAAUCGAGAUAACUAAUUUUAUUGGCACCCUAAACCAUACUUUUCGUUUCGUAUUCCGAAAAAAAAACUAAGUACCAGAGUGUCGAUUUUUGAUGAAAUAUUUUUGUUUUCGAGAUGAAAGUAGAUCUCGACGUUUCGUGCAAUUUUAAGACAUUUGGCUUGAAAUUUUGUUUUUCGAAAACUCCGAUUUCCUUUAAAAUUGAAAAAUCACCCAAGAGGGGAGGAUUUUCUGAUUUUCAAAAAAACUCAAACUUUCACCGCUAGGCGCACUCUCCCUUAAGUCGAAUUGAGCUGAUAUUUUGCACGGUUGUUUUUUCGAGGUGGUGAACAUUUUUUAUGGGUUAACUUUUUGAAAAUCGAAAUGACCAUUUUCAUUGGCACCCAUUUUUCAAUGAAGGCGCUAUUUCUUCAAUUAUAUUUCCUUCCGUUUCGGAGUGAAAUAACGCAAUAAUAUUAAAUUGGUUGAAAAUGAUUUUUUGUGUUUAAGAAUAUGAAGUUCACGAAUGAUGAAUUUGAUGCCAACUCGACUAACCAUUGGCAGCAUCAUCUCAGACUGUAGGGAAACGUUGUGGGUGUAAAGACAUUUAACCAACUUUGCAUACUCGAAAUUUUCAAGUUAGAAUCACACUAUUUUUUGAGAAGGGCUAAAGUUUUUUUUUCUUGAUUUUUUUUCAAAAAUUUCUAAUUUAGAUUUAUAACACCUACAAAAUUCUGAACAAAGAAUGAAAUGUAGGGAAUAGUUUAAAUUUUCAUGAAAAAAAUACCAAAAUGAUUAAAAAAAACACUGAAAAAAUAAUAUUUUGAUAAUUAUAAUUAAUUUCAAACAAUCACCAAAACGACAUUUAUACAUCGAAAGACGGGCACUUUUACAGGAAAAAAGUUUUUCUAACAACUUUUCCAUGUUGUCUUAGAAAAAGAUACAACUAAUUCUAAUUUUGUUUAAAGUAAAGAUAGCAAUAUAAAGUAUUGGACAAAGUUUUAGAUCUUAUUGAGAUAUAAACUUUUGUCGAAGAUGUUCAGCCCUAUUCUGUAUUCCGGCGGAUUUAUAUUUCGUUCGAAACCGUUAUUUCGUUCCAGUUAUAAUUUCGCAUUCUAUAUUUCAAACGCUUUGCCCAUUUAAUGUUCGAAGAAAAACAGAUCGAACGAAAUGCAAAAAACACUCGAACGGAAUACAGAAUGGAAUUUUCUCAAGCCGUUCGGAAUAUUUCGAAUCGAUCGAAAAACAGAAUAGGGGUGGUUGUAUAAUUUCUGGAAUAUAUAACCUAUUUUCAUUUUAUGGGAAAUGAUAUAUUAGUAAUUUUUUUUCCCAGUAACAGUGCCCUUCUUAAUUUUUGUUCAGAAUUUUAAAUAAACACGUUUUUGAGAAAAUAGAAUUCUAAUUGGCAAAAUAAUUUUGUUUCAAUAUAUUUAUUAAUGACAACUUAAAUAAUUUCCUACAUUUUAUUCUUUAACCAACAUUUUUUAAUUCAAAAACUAUAAGACCUACAUCAUAGUUUUUAAGUUGAAACUUUUCGGAAAAAAACGUUGAAAAAAAAUCUUAUCUAAUAACUAUAAUAACUACUAAAUUUGAAUUAAAGAGAAUAAAUGGUUCAAAUUGCAUUGCAAAAAUGCAUUUUUUUUAAAUUACACUGAAAAAAAUAUGAAUAGCCCAUACAAUUACUAGCCAUACAUCGGAAGAAGAGCACUGCUAUAGGGAAAAAGUUUUUCUAGCAGCUUUUUCAUGUUUUGUUUGGAAAAAUACAACAUGUUAUUUUUGAGAAUUGGAAAAAAUGAGAUUUGCAAAAAAAACCAUUAUGAGAAAAAUGUAUUUUAAUUUUUAAAAUAUAUUUUUCUCAGAAUUAUUUAAAAAACGCUGCUAUUUUUUACGAAAAUCUAAACAAUUUAAUUCUUUGACCAAAACUUUGUAGGUAUUGGUAGGUUCGGCACUCAUUUGUGAACCAACGAAAACACCCUAAAAUAUAUCGAUUUUGCUGUCUCCAAGAACAUGUCCAUAUGUAGCAACUUUCGUUUUAAUCGACCGUCGGCACUUCUCGGAUAUCAUCGACGUCAGAACCUAUCGUGGCGCUAACAUCGAUUUAGAUCACUACCUGGUGAUGGUCAAACUGCGUUCUAAACUAUCUCUCGUCAAUAACUUAGGACAUCAGCGCUCACUACGGUACCACCUACGACGAUUGCGACGGCAUCUCUUUCGCGGGGAAAAAAGCGCCGCUGGGCAGAAAAAGAGUGUGAGGAGAUCGAACUGCUUCAUAGUUCUCGAGAAUCGCGGAAGUUCUUCAAGAAACUAAUCGCCUUGCACAAAGGCUUUGUGCCGCAGGCCGAAAUGUGCAGGAACAAGAAAGGAGGCAUCGUGACGAACGAACGCGAGUUGAUCGACAGGUGGAGGCAGCACUACGAUAAACACCUGAACAGUGCGCAGACAGGAGACCAAGACGGCGUUGAGGAUGACUUUACCAGUGCAGUGAACAACGACGUCGUACCACUCCCGACGAAGGGUGAAAUUAAGGAGGCCAUUAAUCAGCUAAAGAACCACAAAGUAGCUGGUAAGGAUGGCCUCGCAGCGGAGUUCUUCAAGGGAGGUCCGGGAAAACUUGUAGAAUGUAUGCACCGGUUGAUAUUCUGGACCUGGGACACAAAACAGCUACCGGAGGAGUGAAAGGACGGGGUAAUCUGCCCUACAUUUAAAAAAGGUGACAAGCUGGAUCGUGGGAACUACCGUGCAAUCACGAUCCUGGAAGGUGCCUACAAAAUUCUGUUUCAUAUCCUCUUACGCCGUCUAUUAUCAUUCCGGAUGCGUGUCCGGUUGCUCGACGACGGACCAGUUUUUUACACUGCGUCAGAUCCUCCAAAAGUGCCGCGAGUACCAGGUCCUUAUGCACCACAUCUUCAUUGACUUCAAGGCCGCAUAUGAUACAAUCAACUGACGAUAGCUAUGGAGAAUCAUGGACGAACAUGGCUUUCCCCGAAAGCUUACCAGACUGAUUCAGGCAACGAUGAAAGGUGUGCGGAUCUCAGGCGAUCCGUCGGAUUCGAUUGAGACUCACAGGGGACUUCGACAAGGCGAUGGAUUCUACUGUCUGCUCUUCAACGUGGCGCUGAAAGGUGUUUUGCGGAGAGCGGAUUUCAACAUGCGAGGCAUGAUUUUCAACAAAUCUAGUCAGUUUAUCUGCUUCGCCGAUUGGGCUUGGGAUCAAUGCGUCUAAGGCUAUAUACAUGCCAGCAGGAAGGGCUGAUCGUAACAGAUUCCUUCUUAGUAGUAGCGUUGUGAUCGAGGCGUUGUAGUAGCUCGAGGUGGUCGAGGAAUCUGUCUACCGACAACAACAACAGCCGUAAAAUUCGAAGACGCAUAGUCAACGGAAGUUGUACCUACUAUGGGCUCUACCAGUUUUCAGAAAACAUACGCUGCGCUGUGCUACAGUUCAAUUUUCAUCAGCGCGCGUUCAAAACAAAUACGUAUUUUCUCUUGGUACGAAGAGCACCAAACUCAGGAACAAGUGGACGUUAAAUAAAACACGGUGCAGAAUUCAGAUACUAAACAUCGCUUCUCACUUGUGUGAUGCCCGCCUCAUUUUAUACACACACAGACUCACACAUAAAAUUCUAGCCCCUUUUGUCUUCGAUCGUUCUACAGCGCGCCUCCAUACCAAUGCGCUUGUGUGAAGAAAAAUAACUCAACAGUGAAAGCGAAGCAGACAAACCAGAUUCGAGUGCGGUUUAAAACUCGGUAUAUAAACCGGUGUAAGGAUACGGUGCAGUAAAGAUGUAAUGAACCUUAAAACGAACGGUGUUGAGAACAAAACUUUUCAACUAUGUCUCGGUGCGCGUUGAUUCGACCGAGCGCAUGUGUAUACAAAGAGUACGAGUUCAACUGAGUGCAAAAAAAGUUAUAUGCAACGCGGUGCUGAUUGCAUUCCAAAGUCCGGGCUCCGCAAAUCUCUAAGGUCAAAGAAACUCAUAUCCGGUACGGAUUGUACCAUCAGCAAUUCUUUGAUUCGAUCGGUUGUCCUCUAUGCGCCCGAUGCAUGAAUUAUGCUCGAUGAGGACUCACGAGCACUUGGUGUUUUCGAACACCGAGUGCUCAGAACGGCGGUGUACAGGAAAAUGGAGGAAGAGAAUGAACCACAAACUGGUGCAACUCUACUGCGAACACAGCAUCCAGAAAGUCGUCAAAGCUGGAUGAUUGCUAUGGACAUGGCAUGGUGCAAGAUGGUGUUUGCAUCGAAUCCGGUGGGAACAAAAAGAAGAGGGGAGCAGUGAAUGAGAUGGUUAGACCUCAGUCAUUUAAUUCUUAUUUGAAGAUUUAAAGUAUGCGAAGUUGCUUAGAUGAUCAAUGCUUUACACUCACAACGCGCCACUGUAAUCUGAGAUGGUGCUGCCAACUCCUAAGACGAGUUGGCAUGGAAUUCUUGGAUUGCUUCUCAUGUUCCGUCCUCAAGCAGUAGAGUGUUAUAUCACUGAUAAAUCAAAACCACUGGACUUCAUUCAAAUGAAAUGAUUUACUUACAUCGAAUCUUGGAAACAGGUUGAACAUGCCUAAUUCCACCAUAUGAAAACUCCACAGUCAUGUUUUUUCACUUGUAACAAUUCUUUCAGAAAUAAAUGCUUAGACGGUCGUUCACUGACAUAAGGGUUUGCUUGAGAUCAUAACAUUUUUUACUCGUAAUUUGUAAUCUUUAGUAGCAUGAUGAUUUGUUACAUCGGAAAGCUUCGUUAAAAAAAAAUCAAUUCCAAUUGUUUAGUUACUGGAAAUAUUUUAUUUCCAUCACUAAAUACAUCAGCCGGGCAUCCGCGUACAUGAAUGUGUUGAGUUAAGACGUGUAGAAAACACAAAACGCAAAAGAAGUUAAGUGAUCUAAAAUCAUCGAUGGACGUAGAUUAUGUGUGAAUGACUCAUAUUAUAGGAUGUAAGCAAAUUUACUGAGAAACCCAUAAAUGAAAUACAAGAAAAUAACCGUAACUAUAGAAUUUUAACAUUUAUAAGUGAAGGUAAAACGAAACAAAAAAAUCAACAAAUCAAUGUAGCUGAUAAGAGGAUCUGUUUCUUUUUAACGAACUUAUUCAAGCGAAGAUCGAACCGAAUGUAUUUCUCUUACCCAGGCAGACAGAAAGCGCAAAGGCAGUGAUGAAUGUGUAAGGCUCUACUUUUUACAAAGAGCACCGUGUGAUGAGUUUCAUGUGGGGAAGUGUUUAGUGGAAGCGAAUAGGAAUACAACAAAACGUUUGGAACCCGAAAUUUGAACAACAAAAGUACAACAAAACAAAAAAAGUGUAAAGAAAAAUUUCAUACAUUAGACUAUAAUGAACCUGUUGGAGCAAGACGAAUGAAGAAAAACAAACACUUAAAUUGUAAUAAUUGUUUAUAGCGAGAUAAGUUCUGUCAUUGUGGCAUGUAAAAUUGUGUGUGCGUGUUGAGUAGUAGGACCCCAUAGUUUUCUCCUUCGUUCUCAUUCUUGACUCGAAACAAGAAUGUGCAUUUAUGGCGCGAACCCAUCAAACACGAGCGAAUAUCUGCAGCAUCGUCAAACAAAAACUUGUAUUGAAUAUUUUCAGCAGGAACCGAUUGCCGGUUACUACGGUGUGAAUAAUGAAAAGAAGAAUUAGCCAAUUAGUGGAGAUAAAUCCAAUCCAUCUACAUCGUACCAACAACUUCACACCAUUGUUAAGACGUACUCAAACUGAAUUAAAAGUUCAUAUAUUAGAUUUUAUAAGUCACUCAAAUUCUGAAUUUGAUCUAAUCGUAGCAAAAUGAGUAUCGCAGAUUUAAAGAAGCACUCUCCUCCCCAAACCCUGGCCCUGAGCAUCCCACGAUUCAAUUCGUAUCCUAGACAUGAAGUAGAAUACUAAAGAUAAAGAUUCCACGAGUCAAAAACGAAAUAUAUACAAUCGAUAAAACAAUAGGAUACCCAAAAGGAAAAGGAUUGGCGGGCCGAGAGAAGCAACAGAAACAUCUUCCGUUCACAAUGGUAACAAGAAGUUUCGAAACACGGGAGAUAAUGUAAAAGAAACAAAACAAGUAUAAAUGUGUGUACAUACAGAGAUAAAUAAAGUGAAAAUCAUGUAAA